ACAUAGCGGCACAUACGUUUACAUUUCGUGAAUUAGCUGCUGCAACCAAAUAUUUUAGGGCAGAUUGUCUCUUGGGAGAGGGAGGCUUUGGUAGAGUAUAUAAAGGGCAAUUAGAGAGAACUAAUCAGGUUAAGGAGAAGUCACUCAAGUGUAGACCCUUUUGUUCAUUAAAUAGAAGCAAUUUUAAAGAAGAAAUAAGAAUCAGCUUGGUCACAGCGACAGUGAAGAAGACCAUAGUAUGGACUUGACUUAUGCUAACAAACACCAUGCUGCUGUAUCUGCUAAAGCCCCUUAACUGCUUCCAGGGUUAAGUCUAAAGAGAUGAUACAGGCGAAUCUGCUUCCUUUUUUGGUUGCCUUCUGCGCUAACUCCACCAGCCCCCACCCUUUAAAAACUUGACCAAGUUCAACUAUUGAAAAGUUUCUUAUUAUUGAUUCCACUUUUUUUAAUGGAGCAUAGCUGUUUUGUGGAGGUGGAAAUGAGUAUUAUUGCUGAAGAGCUCCCUGUUGCACCAGAAGUCCUUGCAAUACCCAAAUGCCCUUCAAAGGUAGAUUGCUUUAGCUGGCUGGUAUGCAGAAAGGCUUGCCUGACUCAUGAGGCUUUACAGAAAAGGGGAUGGCAAUUUUGCUCAAGAUCUGUCAUGUGUGAGCAGGAAACAGAAGUUAAUGAUCAUUUAUUCCUUCAUUGUAAGGCAGCUGUGAGCCUAUGGAACAUGUUUUUUUAUUUGUUAGGAGUCAAGUAGGUGAUGCCCAGUACAACAAAGGAACUCCUAAACAAUUGGAAUGGUAUUGGUAACAGAGGAAGAAAAGAGUACAGAAAAGAGCACUGGUGGAGAACUAUCCCAGCAUCAUCUGGUGGACUCUUUGGAAAGAAAGGAAUUCAAGGUGUUUUGAUGGACAGAAGACUAAUCUACAGAAGAUUAAAAUGAAUUGUAUAAGCCUUUUGUUUUUUUUGGUGUAAACAAAAUCUGAUAGGGGAGAUAGUAGAUUUUAUAGGAAACUUGUAAAGAAUACCCAUCGGAUGUGGGAUGUAAAUUUCCAAUUCAUCAUUUUUUGGUGUGAAUAUAAAGUUACCAUUUUCUAAAAAAGAAAAGGAGUCCUUGCAAUACCUGAUACUGCAAACAUCACCGAAAUGUAAUGGUGAAAGGUGCACUAUCCCAUCCCCGAUGACUUCGAGGACGAGAAACCUUAAUGAUUGCAUCUUAAUAUUUAGCCUCCUGUGGUUUAUACCUUUAUAAUGUUGUGCCUUAACGCCUUGUUUCCAUGUUCCUCGACAGAUGGUACUAUGACUGAACAGAUUCAGAUUCAUCACCUGCAUUGUCGUCUUCUCAUUUUAUAUUCUGCAACAUUUUGGCUCUUAUGAUGCUGUUAGCGAGAGUUCUUUUAUCCGUCGGAGAAGUUGUAGAUGCACAACUUGGGUCUGACAUAUUAAUUUUGCCACCUAAAAAAAAACUAAUAGUUUUGCCACCCCUUCUCAAAAAAAAAAAAAAAAGUUUUGCCACCUUUGAAUUUUUCCUCCGUUCAUAACUAAACUUUUAUCUAUACUUCUGUGCUGUUAGCGGGGAUAGAUACUAGAGCUACCAGCCUCGAGAGAAAAACAAGACUCGUCCACCUAAUGUGUUCCAGGUCGUGGCCAUCAAGCAACUCGACCGAAAUGGAUUGCAAGGAAAUAGGGAAUUUCUUGUUGAGGUCCUGAUGUUAAGCCUACUUCACCAUCCACACCUUGUCAACUUGAUUGGCUAUUGUGCUGAUGGAGAUCAGAGACUUCUCGUUUACGAGUUCAUGCCGUUAGGAUCACUGGAAGACCAUCUACAUGAGCUUUCACCUGACAAAAGACGGCUAGACUGGAAUACAAGAAUGAAAAUAGCUGCCGGUGCUGCCAAGGGCCUUGAGUACUUGCAUGAUAAAGCAAAUCCCCCUGUUAUAUACAGAGAUUUAAAAUGUUCUAAUAUUUUGCUUGAUGAAGACUACAAUCCCAAGCUAUCUGAUUUUGGGUUGGCCAAGUUGGGACCUGUAGGCGACAAGACCCAUGUUUCCACCAGAGUAAUGGGAACCUAUGGCUAUUGUGCACCAGAAUAUGCAAUGACGGGGCAGCUUACACUGAAAUUUGAUGUUUAUAGUUUUGGAGUAGUUCUUCUAGAAAUUAUUACUGGUAGAAGGGCAAUUGACACAUCAAGAGCUGCUGGAGAGCAGAAUCUGGUUGCAUGGGCUCGACCAUUGUUCAAAGACCGUAGAAAGUUCUCACAAAUGGCUGAUCCAGAGCUUCAAGGUCAGUAUCCAGUUAGAGGCUUGUAUCAAGCUCUUGCAGUAGCUGCAAUGUGUGUCCAGGAGCAGCCCAACAUGCGCCCUCUAAUAGCAGACGUGGUUACAGCCCUUAACUAUCUUGCCUCCCAGAAGUACAACUCUGGAACUCAGCCAGUCCAAAGGCAUCACACAGGUCCGUCAACUCCGAGAACAAGAAGGGACUUAUGAUUGUUGCAGUGGAUGGUAAUUAGCAGACAUUGGAAUUUGACAAGUACAUGGUUGUUCUCAGCAAAAUAUGCCACUUUGCUUUAAUUUUCUCUUGGGAAUUCUUUUAGGUACCCUUUUCUUUUUUCUCAUUUUACUUUGUAGAUAAUGUAAAUUAGAGAGCCAAUUGGCAGUUGGACAGUAGUGAUAAAAACUUUUUUGUAGUGUCCUCUCAUAUGAUAAUAUUAUUGUAUUAUGAAAAAAAAUAAAAAGCAGGAAAAACACUGGUAUUGCUUA